UUGUUCUUUUGCCUUACAAUGAUGGGUUUGUGGCAUUUCCAUUAAAUCAUACCUUAGAGAUAAUGUAAUAAUUGGUGCACAAUAUCCUAAUUUAUUCAGUUUUAAUUCCAUUUCAGUUCUACUCCGUAUGUACUGUAGAUAUUGAUGAUUUAUCACUAUGAUCUGGUUCAGUCUUAUUUAGCAAAAUCAGCUUGGUUGUACUUUUUGUUGUUAGGACAUUUACAGUAAUAUAUUUCUGGUUUUUGGUGGCUUUUUCAAGUUUAUUUCACUCCAAUACCAUGUUAUUUUUUUAGAAUAACAAUGUAUGCAGUGGUUUUGUUCAAGGAAACUGAGGAGGUGGAAGUUGUACCAUCAGUUUGGUUGAAUGUGGAUAAACUUUUGUGCCUGUGGCCUUCUUAUAAAAGUACUGUAAGAGUUCGAAAAGCAGUGGAGCUUCAGGAGACACCCACCGAGACAUGGGACAAACACGAAGUACGGGUGCUUCAUGAGACAGUGACAUAUGAGAAGGCGCGCAAGAAACUGAGAAGGGCAACCGAAACAUCCGAUCUGAACACCACAGAUGAUGAACAAACACGGAAGCGGAAACCCUCUACAAAGCUGUCAUUUCUAGAAGAUGAAGAAGAUUUUUCCAUAAGCAAGAAUGUGAGAUCAUCACAAAGGAUGCCACUCUUGCCAACUCCACCUUUGUUUCCAACAACAGUAGCAUCACCCAGCAGCAGCAGCAGCAGCAGCAAGAACACCAGCAACAGUGAAGAUGGAAAUAUCAGCAGUGAUGACAGGAACUACAACAGCAACACCAGCAGCAAUGACACUGGAACUGGGAACAGGGACAAGAGCAGCUAUGUGCCUCUAUCAGACAGGGAUAGGAUGAUCUUCACCAUUUUAGAAGAAAUCAAGGGCCAGGGGAGACAAAACACCCUGAUGCUUCAGGCACUUCUCAAGCGGCAGCCUCAUGUAGAGCAAGAGCAUGGCAGCCUGCGCCUGGACGAAUUCCGGUUUCCUCUUGACACCAAGGAGGACAUUGACAGAGUGGAGAGGAUGUUAAUGGACCAGGCUACAGAAAAGGCACUGAUCACACACAUUUGUAGUCUUGGCGGCACCACAGCCGAUGACAUCAUCAGGCGCAUGAUGAGUCAUGUGCUGACCAACAAUCUGGCCAGAGGAUACAACUGGCUGGGGCGGGGAAACAAGAGCCCCUUUUCUGUCCUUGCACUGGCGAGAGUAAUCAAAGCUGCAGCCAAGAAGUCUUCUGUCACGGAGGCAGACACAGAGGCCAGGAUGAGGAGCUGGCUAAAGUACAGUGGAGACCGGGAUGGGGGGCGGAAGAGGAGGGCAGAAAAGAAAAAGGGUAAAUAUAUGAUGCUCCCAUGUUUACAUAGGCCAACGUUGGGCCAAUGGACAAAAUUACGUUGGGCCAACGUCAUUGGCCAACGUUGGGAUGACGUCUCUGAUGACGUUGAGCCAACGCUGGCCCAACAGCGGAGGUUCUGGAACGGAGGUUCUGGAGCGGAGUUUCUGGAGCAGAGUUUCUGUAGCGGAGGUUCUGGAGCAGAGGUUCUGGAGCUGAUGUUCUGUAACAGGGGUUCUGGAGCGGAGUUUCUGGAGCGGAGGUUCUGA